CUGAGAAACAGUGAGAGCAAAGAGAGAGGGAAAGGGACGGAGAGAGUGAGGAAGAAGAAAACAGAAUGAAAGCGAUGGAUAGAUAGUAGAAGGAGUGUUCUACAGCCUUUCCGUCUGUUGUGUCUGUGUCUCUGUGCUGGAUUUGACUGACAGGUGCUCAGUCUUGGUGUUUGCUGUUUUCUCUUUGGAUGCUGAAGGAUUGAUGGGGAUGGAGAUACAACACAUUCACUCAGCGCUACUGUACACCUGGACGCAAGAGCUCUACUGACAGAGGUCUGCUAAGUGGUCACGACAGAGUGGGUGGACAGACAGAAGAGAAGUUCCCACAUCAGUGAAUGCAAAUCCUCAGCACGCCGCUCAGGAGAACCAUCUAGCCAAUCAGGAGAGGUGAGGGGCGAGGCCGGCCAAUCGGAGGGGGAGAGAUGUUGGCGCAGGGUGGACAUGCGGUCCUGACUCUAAUGUCAUUACUGCUGCUACUGUGGCACCAAGCAGCACCCAUCGAAGUCCCACAAGACCCAAAGAUCCUGCAAGACCUGAAGCAGCCUCCCACCAUCAUAAAGCAGUCAGUGAAGGACUACAUUGUCGACCCCAGAGAUAAUAUCAUUAUCGAGUGUGAAGCCAAGGGCAACCCAGUGCCAACGUUCUCAUGGCGAAGGAACGGGAAGUUUUUCAACAUCGGGAAAGAUCCCAGGGUAACCAUGAGAAAACGCUCGGGAACUCUGGAGAUCGGUUUCCGUAGCGGAGGACGACCUGAGGACUACGAAGGAGAGUACCAGUGUUUUGCCAGCAAUGAAUUUGGAGUGGCUCUAUCCAACAAAAUCUUGCUGCGGGUCUCCAAGGCUCCUCUGUGGCCUAAAGAGGUGCUGGAGCCAGUGGUGGUGACUGAAGGCUCCCCACUGGUUCUGCUCUGCAACCCCCCACCAGGCCUGCCUCCUCCAUACACCUUCUGGAUGAACAGCGCUAUGAUUCCGAUCCCUCAGGAUAAGAGAGUGUCCAUGGGUUUGAAUGGAGACCUGUACUUCUCCAAUGUUUUGGCCAAAGAUGCUCACACUGACUACAGCUGCAAUGCACGCUUUCUCUUCACACACACCAUCCAGCAGAAGAACCCAUUCACACUCAAAGUUUUGACCAAGGAGCCGUAUAAUGACACAUCUUACAAUGCCACUGACCCCUAUGGUGGUGAGUCACUUGCUGUCAGGACAGCUUCACUUCCUGUCCGCCUUUUUUGUCAUGUCUCACAUCCAACACCAACUAUCAAGUGGUUUAAGAAGGGUGGAGAUCUGCCAGCCGGGAAAGUGAAGUUUGAGAACUACAACAAGACACUGAAGAUCAUCAACGUGUCAGAGGAGGAUGCUGGGGAGUAUGUUUGCAUGGCCAACAAUCAGUUAGGCAGCAUACGUCACUCCAUCUUUGUGCAGGUCAAAGCGGCACCUUAUUGGCUAGACAAACCCACAAAUCUGGUGCUAGCCCCAGAUGAGAACGGGCGCCUGGUGUGUCGGGCCAACGGCAACCCUAAACCUAACAUCCAGUGGCUGAUCAACGGGCAACCUGUAGACAGUUCUCCCCCAAACCUGAGCAGACAGGUGCUGGGUGACACCAUCAUCUUUCGCUCCGUGCAGAUGGGCAGCAGUGCUGUCUACCAGUGCAAUGCCUCCAACCAGCAUGGCUACCUGCUGGCCAAUGCCUUCGUCAGCGUCCUUGAUAUGCCUCCGAGGAUGCUGGGCCCCAAAAACCAGCUGAUUAAAGUCAUCGAGAACAACCGCACCUUCCUGGACUGUCCAUUCUUUGGUUCUCCUCUGCCAGAGCUACGAUGGUUUAAGAACGGACAGGGCAGUGGGCUGGAUGGUGGUCAGUACCGUGUUUACAUCAACGGGACCCUGGAGAUCAAACGGGCUCGAGCAGAGGACGAGGGCACCUACACCUGUGUGGCCAACAGCAUCCUGGGUACAGCUGAGAACCAGGUCCGCCUGGAGGUCAAAGAACCGACUCGUAUAGUUAGAGCUCCGGAGCACCAGUCAGCUAUAAGGGGCUCCGCAGCUCGCUUCGACUGUAAGGUGGUUUCUGAUCCUAGCCUGCCCAUCACAGUGGCCUGGACGAAGGAUGACAAGCCUCUGUAUAUAGGAUGGAGGCUGAAGAAAGACGAGGAUUCACUGACCAUCUCUAAUGUGAAUGAAGGCGAUGAGGGAACAUACGCCUGCACUGCUCAGUCUGAGAUAGACCAGGACUCAGCCUCAGCUCGCCUCACUGUGUUAGACCGUCCAGACCCUCCCAUAGACCUGGAUCUCUCUGAUCCAGCUGCCCGCAGUAUUCGCCUCACCUGGAUCCCAGGCAAUGACCAUAGAAGCCCAAUCACACAGUUCCUGGUCCAGUUCGAGGAGAACCGCUAUGAGCCGGGCAGGUGGCAGGACCUGUCCACUUACCCUGGAGACCUUAACUCAGUUGUCCUGCAGCUUGCCCCCUUUGUCAACUACCAGUUCAGGGUUAUUGCCAUCAACUCAGUGGGGCAGAGUCAGCCCAGCCUCCCCUCACUGCGAUACAAGACCAGCGGAGCUGCCCCAGAUGCCAUUCCCAAAGGUCUUCGAGGAUGGGGGUCUAAGAAGGACAAUAUGGAGAUUACUUGGGAGCCUCUGCUUGAUCUGGAGAGAAAUGGCCCAAACUUGCACUACAAUGUGUCGUGGCGACGGAAGGAUUUGGAGGAGUGGAAUAAUGUGACCAUCGUGGGGUCCAAAUAUGUUGUCCACAACACAGAAACCUAUGUGCCUUAUGAGAUCAAAAUCCAGGCCUGGAAUGAGUUUGGACCAGGACCUGAGUCCAAUGUGGUCACUGGAUACUCUGGAGAGGACAAGCCCACGGAUUCUCCCACUGACCUGCGAGUGUCAAAGGUUGACAGCACCAAGGCGAACAUACACUGGAAACCUGUUGACCUGAACUCUGUCCAUGGAGAGUUCAAGGAGUACAGACUGUACUACUGGCGUGAAUCCAGUCUGGUUCCUGGUCUGGUGGUCAGUAAGGAAAAGAAGACUAAAGGUUUCUACAGCACUGUGGAUGAGCCAUCUGCCUUCCUCAGCGACCUGGUGCCCUACUCUAAAUACAAGAUAUUCAUGGUUGUGGCCAACAAUCGUUUUGAGAGUCCACCCAGCAACACAGUGGAGUUCACCACAAAGGAGGGAGUGCCAGAUGCUCCAAGGUUCUUCAGGAUAAACCGUAGAAGUUUUGACACAAUCUAUCUGGAAUGGGACAAACCUCUUGAGCCCAACGGUAUUCUGAUUGGAUACCAGUUAAAGUACCAAAUAGUCAAUGGAUCCAGGAUGGGUCGUCCCCAGUUGGAGACUUUACUUCCUAAUGUGACAGAGUUCACCUUACGCCUGCCGGACAGAUCUACCCGCUACAAGUUCUACUUGUCAGCACUCACCCAGGUGGGAGCAGGGGAGGUCUUUGCUGAGGAGUCUCCACACUUCGCCAAUGAAGCCUACAUAGACGAGGUAGACAUAGCCACUCAAGGCUGGUUCAUUGGCCUGAUGUGUGCCAUCGCCCUCAUCAUACUGAUCCUCCUCAUCGUCUGCUUCAUCAAGAGGAGUCGCGGGGGCAAAUACCCAGUCCGUGACAAAAAAGAUCUUCCCUUGGACCCAGUAGAUCAGAAAGACCAGGACGGAUCCUUUGAUUACCACAGCGACGAGGACAACAAGCCUCUGCAGGGCAGCCAGACCUCGCUGGACGGCAACGUGAAGGAGAGUGACGACAGUCUGGUGGACUAUGGCGAAGGCGGCGACGGCCAAUUCAACGAGGACGGCUCUUUCAUCGGACAGUACACAGUGAAGAAGGACAAGGACGAGACGGAGGGAAACGAGAGCUCUGAGGCCACCUCGCCCGUCAAUGCCAUCUACUCACUGGCGUAACGGCAUUGUAUUACACGGGGGACUCAGUGGCACCUUCUGAUUCGAGGGUGUUAUAACAAACACGACACCAUACACCAGACACAAACACACACACACACACACACACACAUGAAUAUAUUAAUAUAUGAAACACGUUAAAAACAGAACAAACACAGCAGGGCCUGUCUGGAGACUGUGUAGGCUUUCCUCUACAGAUGAAGUAACGGGAACAUGGGAGUGGAAUUAAACCACAAGCCUUUAUUUUAUGUUCCAGCUCUAAGAAAUUGGCCCCUUGGAGGUGACGUUUGGACAAAGUGGACAGUGCUCGUUUUCCUCUGCACUCUGCCUGCCCUUUACCCACACAGACUUGAAGUGUGCCUUCGGGGCGGCUUUCAGCACUUGGAGGCAUUAACAAGCGUUCUUUAGAGAUUUUUCUUUGGUUCGUUUUGGCUCCGAACAUUUUCAGUGUCCGUGCUCUCCUUCCUGAUACGUCCCUCAUACCUCUGUGUAGCAUCACAAUACAGUACACACAGCAGGUCCCCUACACCCACACACUCACAAACACAAACACACACACACACACACACACACACACACACACACACGGACACACAAACACACUGGCCCCAUCCUGUAACAUAUCAGCUUCUAACCAUAAAACUCAACAGGAUGCCGGCAGAUAUGUUUAUCAUAUUGAUAUUUACGCAAUGAAAGAUUUUAGUUUUUCCACAGCUGGUAGACGAGUCAUUGAAUCUAAAUGAGUGCUGUAUACAGUCAUGGCACACAUUUUAGUGCCCUGCAAAACUAUGCACUAUCACCUCCUCCAUACCAUUUUGGGUUGAAUCUGGUUAGUAAAAGUACACUUUUUUUUCUUUCUUUUUUUAACCACUUGCAGGCUUAAUCACACGCUUUUAUUCACCUGCCUUGUAUGAUGUGGUAGACAUGUUUUUCUAACCUCUAAUCCAAUGUUGUAGUGCAGAUGUUCAAAAUGGCCGCCACAAGAAAAGCUACUUCUGCCACAAGCAGUAAGCUCUGCUACAGUAUGUUGUUAAUGAAUCUCAUUUUUUAAAAGAUGAUAAAUAUUAUUUACCAUAGCAUGGUAGUAACUUAGUGCAAGUGAAAUGGGAAGGCAACAGAGAGAAAAGUUAGUUUUGCUCGAGAAACACCAGUAGUUCACGACCCGGUGAAUUCCCUUGUUAGCAUGCAGGCUAAUGCUGCAUUCAUGUCAAAUGGGAACAGCUCUGUGGUACUUUGGAGCUGUAAAGCGUCCAUGAUUCUGUUUUUCUUUCCCACAUGAAAAAGUGAGUGAUGUUUUAUACCAAACCAAACAUUACAACGUCAAUCCAACAUAGUGACCACAUGAUGAUCAUGACAGGGAAUGGAUUUUUUAAAAAUGUAUACAUAUAUAUAUUCCUCUACAGCUGACCUCCAGGAUAUUUUGUCAGUUGUGACACCAGAAUUUUGAAACCCCAAAGUUUCCAAUUAUUUUUUAGCUCCUGUAAGCUGAGUUGUUUAAGUCAGGAGCUAUCAUCUACGUUCUCUCCUGUGGGACAUGAAUGCAGCAUGAGAGGCUAGAAUCCUUAAGGUGUGUUCAGACUAAAUGUUCUUGCCUUGUGUUGUUCGCACAAAUUUCACCAUUGGAUUGAUUUUGCAAUUUGUGUUUAUUCGCCUUAAACAGCCAGUGUGUAGAUGUACAUACAGCCAGUAACAUAUGCAGAAACCGUGUGUUGUGAUGCCACCGUCCACCAGGCCUCUAUUUUGUUUCUUAUAAAAGAAACAAAACCUCAGAACAGCCAUUGAUUGCUGAAGUGGAAAGAUUUUCACUCACACACUUCUUAGCUCAGUCCAUUUUGUUUUUGUGAUGACUUCUUUUGUAUCACACUUUAUGUUUAGUCUGAAUGCGCCUUGAUGGAGUGAUCUACACCUCUUUCCUUCCCUCUAAUUUUUAUAAACUCAAUCAAUUUCUUGAUCAUUACUGAUGAAAAAAAAGACUGUGUUAUGGCCGCGUAGAAUACUUGAAUUAAAUGACACGAUUUACAGCAUGAAAAUAUAUACAUUUAAUUCACACCACGUCACCUUUGAGAUGAAAUGCGUCGGCUUUCUUUAAGUUUUUGCAGAGGAUGAAAGAAAAAAGAAAACUGAGUAACAGAACUAGUUUUUAGAAGAACACACACUCAGUAUUUUCACUUCACUACUUCCUGUAACCAUAUUUGUCAUGUAGUCAGUCUGUUAGCAGACGGACGGACUGACGGUUUAUUUGGAUUUCUUGUUUUAUACUAAAUGUUCACUGAGUGCUCACUGGUUUCACCACCUCCCUUUGGCACUCAUACUGUAGUUACCUGCUACUCGACAGCACUAUUAAACCCUAAAUCAAAUAGAUCUUCACUGCAGUUAGUGACUGGACUUAACAUUGUAUUUCAAAUAUUUAUUUUAUAUUUCUAUUUAUUACAUUAUGUGGAUAGUAUUAAUAUAUUCAUUAAUUUCAUUAAUAGACAUUGAUUUAAUAAUUGUUAAAUACACAUUUUUGACCAACAUAUUUUGUUGUUUCACACCAGAUAUAGCCAAAAUAAAGAUGUCUCCAGAAUCUGUUAUUGUUCACCAUGAGAGGCAUUUAACCCAACAGUAUGUUCAAGAUAUUUUUAUAACAGCUGUCUUUUCUGUUGUACACAACAAAACAAAAAAAACUUCAUACAUUCAUCACACAUGAAAAGGGUAACAUUUAUCUGUCCAUUGUGCUGCUCUUCUUGUACUCAUGUUGUAUUACCGUUCCUCUGUGUUGUUAAUCAGAUUUGUGUAACAUAACUUUUCCACCACGCAGAAAAUUAAUAUUGUUGCUUAUUAUUUAUUUGACAUAUAUUCUGUACAUGUACAUCCUGAAAAAAAAACUCUCUUAUCUCUGUAAAUAUUUAAAAGUCGAUUUCCCCAGAAAAAUGCUUUAUCCAAGAAGGAUACAAAAAGUCACAAAUCUGUAUCCACCGAGCAAAUGCGGCAGGUGCAUCUUUAGUCUGUCAUGCACCUUUGUAAUGUAGCUUUGACUAACAUUUGCACUCUGAAAAAGUAACAAGAAUCAUCCCUCACUCUGUGUUGCCCUUUGCUUUGACAUUGUGAAAUAUGGUACUGACUGUGGCAAGUUGAUCAGUCACUUGUUUGAUGAUGGUUUGGAUUCUAUAUUGUGAAAGAGGAUUACGUUAGAUUCUUUAUGAUGUAAAUAAGAUGUAAGUGCUCCUGCAAUAUACCGUUUGUAGCAUCGUCGCACACAAGCUGCUAGUAGGCCUAAAAAACAUGCAUUUGCUGAGGUUCUCCUGUAAACUGUUUGUCAUCUGCAUAUACUUCUUCUUCCCAUAAUGCCUUUCAGCCAACAUGCCUAUUGUUGCAUAGCUACUCCCAUUUCAGGGGUCACCUUAAAGUCUGAUCCUCACACAAACUAAAGUCCGUAUUAUUCUAUCUGUGUCUGUGUGUUGCUGAGGGUCUACAUGGUGCCAGUUAAAUCAUCUGCAUGCAGACCAUACACACCUAUAUCCAUACCUAUGGCCAGCCUUGCAGACACCCAAUGUCAUGUUUACCCAACUGUGCUGCAUUUCUGCUGCCCACAUCCAUCAGGUCCAGCAUGGGCCAUUUUGACCCUGAAUGCUGCAUUCAGGCCCUCAUCAUCAAAUUAUAAAUUCCACAUUUCCAUCAGGAAGUUACCCUCAAAAGAAACACUGUAGCUUCUUCAUUGGAGGAACUCAACAAUUUAUAUUCUGUGGCUUCCUUUACCCUGAACCUUAUCUGCCUUUUCACUGCACUGACAACUAUGAUCAUUCACACUCUUGGUAGCUGAGUGCAGUUUUUGGUUAUGGGACAAUCAACAAUGUUUUCAUGAACCCUAACUGGUUACAUUAUGUGAUGUUGGGGGAAAAGUAAAAAAGACAAAUCUGUCAUAAUUUCUCUGUAAUGCCAUGUGAAACCCACACAGAUACAGGGAGCACUCAUUAUGUACACCCACAUUGGCUUUACAUCAACUUUAUCUGAUAUAAUUACAAGCUGACAAGGAUUAAACAUGUGGCCCACAAUCCAUUGACCAGGUUUGGGAGGAGCCUUUGAAUUAGGACUAACCUUGUGGAUCCAUUAUGACAUUCUCAAUCUGCAGACUUUGAAGAAGGAGACCCCUAAAAUGGAACACAGCACAUGUCUCAGUGACAGGCGGCCAUUUUGAAAACAAUUCUGGCCCGGUAUUUCUCACCCCUUCAAAACAAAGAGUGUCAGAUUUUCCUAAAGCAUGACCUGCCAUUAAUCCCCUCUUCCAAUUUUCUGCAGAAACUCAAAGCAGUAUGCUGAGAGAUUCAAUCAGUUUGGUUUUUUUUUGAUGCCAUUAUUUUACAGUAUUGUUCACUCUAACUUUAGUGUGACCACUGGCGGUUGUUAGUUUGGGCACCGAGCACAGACGUGUUGAAAGAAACAGGAGCCCGGUGUAUGAAAAAGAAGAAAACAGGAAGAAAAAGCACAGAGAGCGCAAAAUUGGUUUGGAACAUAUGGUUGAUCUUUCUCACUUGACUAGUUGUUACGUUUUCUUCAGGAUCUUGCCUGGAAUCCUGACCCCCUCUUCCCACAUGCCUCCCCCUAACAAACAAAGAAAAGAAGAAAAGUGAAUUAUGCAUUUUUGCUGAUAGAGUGCUUUUUUUUGUCUGUUUGUUUGUGCACCAUGAGCAGAGCGUCUCUUUUUACUGUCCGCAUCGCCUCAGCUCACCUUCCUAAGGGGGAAAAGAAAAUGUCAAUGUGCAGUUUGACAGCUUUGUGUUUUUCUUCAUUUCAAAAUGCUGCAAGUCUAGAUUUUACUGGUGCACAUACAAGAUUUGCAACAGGAUUUCUGUUUAAUGAUUGAUCACAUGCUGUUUGGAUUUUUCUUUUUUAUAAAUUCUCAUAUUAGCAUCUUCUUGUUUUCACCAUGUGUAACACAGCAGCUCGUCAAAGUCUUGCUUCGACACGCAAAAUAACAGCUUUUGUAAGGUACAUACUCAACAGAAUAUGGCAUAAAUAUAUUCACCAUGUAUGCGUGUAUGAUGAGAUGUUGCAACUUCUGCUAGCGACGCCUUCUUUAUAGUAAAGCUAUCUCCUUUUCUCUACC